CAUUUUACAUCGCAUGUCAUGAAGUCUGACACUUUAGAAGUGAUUUAUUUCAAAAUUUGGAUCAAAAAAAUAUGAUUUCGCCGAUAGUGCAUAAUAUCACUACUGUAUGUGCGCUCACAGCGUUUUUAUCAUCAGAUAUAGUUCCCGAUGCGCUUAACACUUGUCCAAAAUCAGCGGCUAAGGUCAUAUUCCCAACUGGUGUUUCAGCACAGUUGGGUAAUAUAGUGAUUCCACACCGAGUUCGCGAACAGCCUACCAUUACCUGGAAUGCCUCGGAUGACAGUCUCUACACAUUGGGAAUGAUGGAUAUGGAUGUCUACAGUCGAAAGUUUCAUAUAUUCCGUCAGGAAUUGCAUUGGAUUGUUAUGAAUAUUCCCGGAACUAAUGUGUCGGCCGGCGAUCUCGUCCGCGAAUUUCUACCGUCACUACCGAUCUUUGGUGGCGGUUAUCAUCGAUAUCUGUUUGUAAUCUACAAACAGGCCGGUCGUGUUAAAGCACCUGAACUGGACUCUUGUAUAAUCAGUAGUUUUGCUUUUGAUUGGUCAGAGUUUGUGUCAAAGUACCAAUUGGGUGAUCCCAUUGCCGCUAACUUUUACUACGCUAAGUGGGAACAGGUAUACAAUGACAGUUGGAUAUUGGCUCACUUGAAGCAUUUGAUCGACCAGUGCGCUGAUCAACGCAAACCUAUACAAACCGCUCAACAAGAGAUACGCAAUAUUAUCAAGAAUUUAAUGACUUCUUAUUAA